UCCUGCUGGCGCUUUUCGUCAUACUUGCUUUAUGAGCCAAUGAAAUGCGAGCCACGAUCGAGACCACAUCGGUAACACAGCCAUCACUACAAUUGGAAGCUUCGCCGUUGAUCGACUUUGCUCGGGAGACCUUGCGUCGUUUACUGCACAACCAUGUACAACAAUGACCCCCUGCUGCGAGUUCGUCUACCCCUCUAGCUAGCCUGUGAUGUUACGAAGAGCGUACUUGAAUUGUCUGUCAGACCAAGGCGGAUAAGGAUAUUGUUGUUUGUUUCUUAGGCGGUCUGGCGGAACCUUACAUUCUCAAGCAAUGCGCCAGAUUGUUAACGCAAACGCCUCACCAUAACGGUAUCAGCACCGGUCGUUUAGACUCGUACGCCUUGACGCCUCGUCCACUCCCUCCGCGGCGUUCGCGUGCCAUAGAGGCGAACAUUCGACAAACGAUGCGAUGACUGCCAUAUUUGUUUCUUCCCAUCAUCCCAUUCCGCGGCACCCGGGCUCCAGGGAUGAUUUGGGUCCGUUUUUGAAUGUUGUGACUUGGAUUCUCCUCAUCACUUCUGCUUUGGCGGUGGUAACCAGACUUGUCACAAAGCGCGCACUGAGGCGACGAGUUGAUGUUGACGAUGUGUUUGUUGUCCUCGCUCUGAUUGCUAGCAUUGGGUCAGGAGCAUCUGUCAGCGUACAAGUCGCAAAUGGCCUAGGUCGUGAAUUCAGUGCACUGAAUAGUAUAGAGACCGAUGCCUACUUCAAGGCAGAGUACGCAAACAAGAUCUUGUACAUUGCAACCUUGGCACUAGCGAAGCUGUCCAUCAUAUCACUGCUUAUGAUCCUCACCGCAUCCGAUAGACAUCGUCACUUGGGGCUGGCCUUGACAGGCUUUAUAGCCCUGUGGGGACUCGUUUCGGUUAUUGCAACAUCCUUCCAGUGUGGCAGCACGAGCCCAUGGCGCCAGAAUAGCGGCUGUAUCAAUUUUGUUGCUUUCUGGCAAGGCAUGGGUGUUAUCAAUAUGCUGACUGAUCUGGCACUGAUUUUGUUCCCUGUUCACGUUAUCGUUACUCUGCAAAUGAGUACAGCAAAGAAGGUUACCAUACUCACCUUCUUUGGAGCGAGAUCAUUGGACAUCGUUGCAACUGCUGUUCAAAUGGCUUACAUUGGCGGGUUUGCCUCUGACAAUCCCACUCGAGACCUGUGGAAGUGGACGCUUGUCACACAGAUCGUUGAGUGUAUUACAAUCCUGACUUCUUGCAUUCCUUACCUUCGUCCGCUUCUCGAGUCAAUUCCUUCAGGCCUCUACGGUUCCGACGAGAUACGCCGCCGCGGUACGCCAUCUGAGCUGGGUUAUUCGCGCAGGAAAGACGGAUCCUACCAGUUGAGCAGUACGGAUUCAAAGCCGGAUGGUACGAGCGCACAAAGUAGACCACAAAGCAAGAAAGGUCGAAAUGAGGGUGGAAUGAGACGGUUCCUGCCAAUGCUUUCGCAGGACAGAACGACGCACUCUAAUUCUGCUUCUGGUGUACCAGGUGGUCCGCGCAGACUCGAUGGCCGAAUAGAUGUUGAAAUCACAGCCACAAAGACCAAGUCUGAGAAGGAGAAGAAGUGGGAAACGGACAGUAUAGGGAGCAACUCUAAGAUCUUGAAGACCACCGUCGUUAGCGCUGAGUGGGAGGAGACGCUGCGACAGAGUCGAGAAGCUUCAGUCGACGAGAUCAAAGUCAUGCGAUGAGUUAUAUAUUUCAACACGAACCGAAUCAUCGGCUGCUCUUGACCUGACUUGAUUGCUUUCCCAUAUGUGCUCGCCUUAAUGAAAUGCA